AGGUGGUAGAUCUUCUACCUACCCCGAUAUCAUUUCUAUAACUUUACUUCCAAUUUCUAACUUCAUCUAUACCAAUUCAAUGUCCCAAAACCAAAGCAAAUCCACCACGUGACCGACCCAAAUUCCCAUCCUCAUCUGCAUAUCCUCCGCAACCCCGAUCCCGCCACUAUCAACCACUCCUCACACCACCUACACUACCACAGCAGCACAGCAAAAAAGCCAUGAAACCACACCCCUUCCCCCUCUCCCUAAACAUCGGCACCGACAUCGUCCACCUUCCUCGCAUCGCCCGCCUCGUCUCCCGCCCAAACGGCUACCUCACCCGCUUCACCCGCCGCAUCCUAAGCGACCAAGAACAAGCCGAUUUCCGAAAACGAUUCAACCUACCCCCCGGUGAAGAUGUGCCGUUGGAGUCGCGGUUCUAUCCUACGCAUAGGCGGUUACACGUACAGACGAAUACGAAUACGGAUGUGAAUGGGAAUGUGAAUGGGGGUACGGGGAUAAGCGCAGGCGCAGGCGCAAGCGCAGGGCCAACAUCCUCACUAAGCACAGAAAUGGCGCGCUGGCUAGCAGGUCGCUUCGCCGCGAAAGAAGCCGCCAGAAAAGCUGCGCCGGGGGGCGCGGCGAGUGUGGGGUGGAAGGAUGUGGUUGUUAUUCGGGAGGAUGAGGGGACUGGAUCAUCUGAGAGUAUAACGGCGGAGUUGGAGUCGAAGGUAGGGAGUAAGGGUAGGAAUAAGACAUCUGUUGAGAGGAUUCGGGAGAUGCGCAGGGAGAGGGAGAGUGGGAGGCCGGGGAUUGUGUAUUUGGAUGCGAAUGGGGGGCCGGGGAAGAUGGGGAAGUUGUCGAUUUCGCAUGAUGGGGAAUAUGUUGUUGCGACUGUUUUCGCGGCGGGUUAGCUUUUUUAUGGUGAGCUGUUGCUGAGAUAGUGGUUAUCAGGUAGAGAGGUAGAUGUCUGGAACUCGGUGUAUUGAUAGUGGAGCGUUGUACGAUAUAGUGGCGAUUGGCAGGUUUUAUUCUGUAUAGUUAGAUAUCUGUUAUUGUAAAUAGCUAAAACGAUGCGUACAUUAAUGAUACCCUUAUAUUUUGUUCUGUCC